AUGGCCGACAGUACAGACCAACUGAUCGAAAAGCUUGAGGCUAUCGAGGUGGGUAUUUUUGAGGAGCAAGAUGUCACAAGACAGCAGCUGGCUCUGGCAGCUCGUAAACUCUUCCACAAGCUGGAAACAAAGGAGGAAAAGACCAUGAGAUUGGCCAUAGAAGAGCCAAUUAUGUUCUCUGUGCUCCAAACCCUCAUUGAUAUUGGUCUGUUUGAGAGCUGGAUCGCUGCUGGCGGCGGUGAAAAAGAUGUGCACGAGUUGGCGAAGCUCAGCAAAAAGUACAUCGAACCUGAGCUUUUAUGUCAUCAACUGCGGCUGAUGGCCGCAAACCACAUCAUCCAAGAGACAUCAAAUGACCAUUAUCUACCUACACCUUACUCCAUCGCCAUUGGAGAUAAGAAUACGUCAGUCGGCGACGGCCUUCGCAUUAGAACAGACCACGUUGCACCAUGUGCUGUGCACUGGCCCGAAUUCCUGGCCAAGACAAAUUACCGUAAGCCCGUGGACGACAAGGCCAGUUGCUACAUCGACACAUUCCCUGAAAAGAAGAGCUUUUUUGAACGAUGCAGCUCCAACCCGGUGCACCAAGAAAGCUUCUCAUCUUUCAUGGAUUUGUGGGCCAAAGGGAAGAGACCUUGGCCGCAAUUCUACGACACCCAAGCACUGCUUGACGGUGCCGAUCUGAGCAAUGGUAGCCCAUUUAUUGUUGACGUUGGCGGUCACCACGGCAUAGAUCUUAUGCGCGUGGCCGAGAAACACCCGGAUUUGCCUGCUGGUUCUCUUGUGCUCGAGGACCUACCAGAGGUUGUGGAUCCUGUAAAACUCACUACCGACAAGAUCAGAACUGUGGCCCAUGACCUCUUCGAGGAGGGGGCUCAGCAGCCCGUUAAAGAGGCCCGAGCUUACUUCAUGCAUGCGGUCUUGCAUGACUGGUCGGAUGAGACAUCUGUGAAGAUUCUUAAGCAGAUUGCUGCUGUCAUGAAGCCUGGCUAUUCUAAGGUGCUUAUCAAUGAUAUUGUGAUCCCAUCUACGGGUGCCAGUUGCUACCAAGCGGCCAUGGACUGUCUCGUACUACAGGCUUCGGCUAAUGAAAGAACCGAGGCUGUGUGGAGCAAGGUGAUCCAGGAUGCUGGUCUGAAGCUUGUCAAGUACUACCCUGACGGUCGUGGGUACGAGAGUGUGAUUGAGGCUGAAUUGCCAUGA